ACACAUAAUGGCGCCUAAACUUGAGGAGUGGGAAAUCAAAAAGUACUGGGAGAUUUUCAGCGGCUUGCAGCCGACGGAUGGGAAGUUGAGCGGCGAAAAGGUAUCGCCGGUGUUGAAGAACUCUCGCCUCGCCGACGCGCAGUUGGGGCGAAUCUGGGACCUCUCGGACAUCGACAGCGACGGGGAGCUAGAUUUUGAAGAGUUUUGCAUCGCAAUGCGCUUGAUCUUUGACGUGAUCAAUGGCACCAUGUCCGAUUUACCAGAAUAUCUCCCAGAUUGGUUGAUUCCAGCGUCAAAGUCCCAUCUCAUCCAAGCGAACCGUGCCCUCAACCACCAGCCGGUCUACGCCGCUUCUUCCGACGACGAUGAUGAAUUAGGGGCUUUAUCUGACGAUUUCGAUUGGUACAUCUCGCCUACUGACAAGGCCACGUACGAGACCAUCUACAAUUCCGCCACGGAUCAUCUCGGGCGAAUCCGUUUCGCUGCCUGGACCGACUUCUACCACACUUUACCGAACGUUCCGCAGACCGAUGUGUCCUCAGCCUGGAACCUUGUGAACCCGAAGCAGUUUGAGACGAUAGACAAGGACCAGGCGCUUGUUUUCUUGCACAUUUUGAGCCAGCGCCAGCGCGGCAGACGCGUGCCGCGCGGCGUGCCCGCAUCGUUACGCGCGACGUUUUCCAAGGAGGUUCCGGACUACAGCUUAACAUCGCACCAGGCGAAUGUCUCACGGACAAAGCAGUCUUUUGCCGAUAGCUAUGCGUCCCGAGUCGGUGGGUCUACGUCCAGGAGCAAUACUGGAACUGACUUUUCCGCUACAAAAGAUACGGACUGGGAGGAGGUCCAUUUGCGCCGCGAGUUAGCAGACCUAGAGGCGGUGAUCGCAAAGGCCGAGGCCGCGCCGGAGACAAGUGGUGACUCGCUGCUAGCCGUGGCGAAGCACGAGUUUACGCAGCUUUUGGCGUACAAGGAGGCUCAGUUGCUGGCGCAGGCGCGCGCACCCGCAGGCUGGGCCGGGCCCGAAGAUGAUAUUACGUUGAUUGCCGAGCAGGUGCAAUCGUUGGAGGCGGUGAUGGCGAGCAAAAAGGCUGAAUUGGCAAUGUUGCAGCUGCAGAUUGCAAGUGAGCGGAACGAGGUGAAGUGAACAUAGUGUCGCUCGCUUUGACACGCCGAUUCUUUAGAAAUGUCAAUUAUAAUUCAACAACCGAGAGAAAGGGUGUAGUGGAACGAAGCGAGCGAGGGGUGAGCUAAGUCAAAGGCAGCAGACUGUGGAGCUAGGUUAUGGUACGGUGUGUUGAUAAUGCCAGUUUCCAUCGUAGGCAAUCUCUUACAUACUGGUUGCAAGAAUCGAAGCUGGAGAUUUGGUUGACGAAAGCGGAGUAGGACGAGGGGGUGAAUUAAUAGUAACAUCAACGAAAUGAGGACCUAUUGCCGAUCCUAGCAUGAGGACGUCUUGUGAAGAUCGGACAGCCAACAGUAAGCCUUCAUAGGCAUGACUAGAAAUUAAAUAUAGCUGGAUCUUUCUGAUAUAGCCUGAUUGGAAAUAACUGUAUCCUUUCCAUAUACCAAUAAUCAGCCGGAUUAUGACAUUCCUUAACG